CAUAUAUUCAGUCUACAUUGAUAAAAGAAGAGCGAUUGAAGAUCAUAUAUAUUGGUAUAAAUCUUCAAAUUAGCUAGAGAGUUUUUCUAGAUGGAGGGCAGAGUCGAUAGCAAGGGAAAAUCAAUACGAUGCAAAGCUGCAAUCUGUAGAAACUCCGGCGAAGCACUGGUUAUUGAAGAAAUAGAAGUGGAACCACCUCGACCUUGGGAAGUUCGCAUCAAAAUUCUCUGUGCUUCUCUUUGUCACACAGAUGUUACCUUCUGGAAAAUGAAACCAGGACCCUAUGCAGUGUUUCCAAGAAUCUUUGGCCAUGAAGCUGUUGGAAAAGUGGAAAGUGUGGGAGAGAAUGUGGAGGAAGUGAAAGAGGGAGACAUAGUGGUGCCGGUGUUUCAUGGGAAUUGCGGAGAGUGUGGAGACUGCAAGUCGAAAAAGGGCAAUGGUUGUCGUGUUUUUAAGAAGAAGAAGAAGACGAUGGACAUGCCCAGGGACGGAACCAGCAGAUUUCGGGACCAAAAUGGGGAAGUUCUGCACCAUUUCCUAUGCGUCUCCAGCUUCUCCCAAUACACAGUCGUCGAUAUCACUCACAUCGUCAACAUCUCUACUCCUCACUUUCCUCUUGACAAGGCUUGCUUGCUUAGUUGUGGUGUCUCCACAGGUGUUGGAGCAGCAUGGAAGGUGGCCAUGGUGGAAGAAGGUUCAACUGUAGCCAUUUUUGGACUUGGAACUGUUGGACUUGCGGUUGCAGAGGGAGCUAAGCUUCGUGGAGCUUCCAAGAUUAUUGGGGUUGAUUUAAAUCCAGAUAAAUUUGAGAUGGGAAAGAAAUUUGGGAUCACUGAUUUUGUCAACCCUGCCGACACUGGUGGGAAGCCAGUGAGUGAGGUGAUUAAGGAUUUAACUGAUGGAGGUGCUGAUUAUUGCUUCGAGUGCAUAGGGUUGGCAUCUUUAAUGGAGGAUGCUUUUAGUUCUUGCCGAGAGGAUUGGGGCAAAACAGUAGUACUGGGUGUGGAGAUGCAUGGGGCCCCAUUGUGCGUGGCCAGUUACGAACUUCUUAAUGGUAGAACUUUGACAGGCUCAUUAUUUGGAGGUGUCAAACCCAAAGUUGACAUUCCCAUCUUCGCCCAAAAAUACCUUGACAAGGAACUUAAUUUGGAAGGGUUUAUAACACAUGAGGUGAGGUUCAAUGAUAUUAACAAGGCUUUCGAUUUACUAGUUCAAGGGAAGAGCCUACGAUGCAUUAUUUGGAUGGAUGACUAGAUGGGAUUAUCUUCUUCAAAUUCUCUCUCAAUUGCUGCAUCUUACAAUGUUUUUACCUCUUUAUGAAAAAUUAUGUGAUUUCAAAUCAAACAUGAGACUGAUCUAAUUUGUGGUACUGCUAUACCACUUCAAUCUAUGGUGCACAAGACUCAAAUUUAAAGUUUUGAGAUAUGAAAGGGGGCAUUGUUUGUCUCAUUGUAAAAAUAUAUAUGAUGCAUUAAAUAAGGUGUCUUCUCAACUCGCGGGUUGUUUGGACCCUUCUGAA